UGGUGAGGUAUUGGACAAUCAAAGAUACAAGUACAAUAUGAUCUUUAUGGAGAAAGUGUUUAGAACAUCCAGAAUUAUACAACAAUGUGAAAACAUCCCAGAAGCACUACGUUUUGAUUGCCAUCCUGUAGAAGGAGUAUCGGAAUUAUCUUGCACCAGUAGAGGUUGUUGCUGGACAUCACCAGGCAAGAAACUUGCAACUAAGACGCGACUUUCCUUGAAUGUUCCAUAUUGCUACUACCCAAGAAAUUGGAGUUUAUACAAGUACACAAAUGCUACCAAAGAUGGAAACGAUUUUUCUGGGUUUCUAAAGUUAAUAGGGAGUUCUUCUUACAAAAAUGACAAAGACCUUGUUAAGGUGGAAGCCAGUAGUGUAGACGAUUCGAUUUUGCGUUUGAAGAUAUACGAUCCGCUUAAACAACGAUACGAACCACCGUGGCCUAUUAGGUCGAAUCCCAAACCAUUUGAACAUCGUAAUGUUGAUGCGAAAUAUAAAUUAGACGUCGAUAAUGAGAAACCUGGUUUUAAGUUGUAUAGAGCCUCGGACGAUACGGUGCUAUUCGACUCGAUCGACAUCGGUGGCUUCGUAUUUGCCGACCAAUUUUUACAAAUAAGCGGCCUUCUACCAACUGACAAUAUUUAUGGGAUUGGCGAACAUAGAGAAAGCUUAAAAUUGAACACUAAUUGGCAGACGUUCACAUUAUUUAAUAAGGAUCAGCCUCCAGUGGAAAAUGCAAAUUUAUACGGAUCUCAUCCUUUUUAUUUGAUCGUUGAAAAUUCCGGAAAAUCUCACGGAGUUUUGUUGCUGAACAGUAACGCUAUGGAUGUAAUAUUACAACCAUCGCCGGGCAUUACGUUUCGAACAAUCGGUGGUAUUUUCGACAUGUACUUUUUUCUGGGACCAACUCCAGCGGACGUAAUAAAACAGUAUUCCGAGAUAGUAGGCAAACCUUUUCUACCACCGUAUUGGUCGCUAGGUUUUCAUUUGUGCAGGUUCGGAUACGGGAGCUUGGAAAGCACAAAAGAAGUAUGGAGGAGAACCAUAGCAGCACAUAUUCCAUUUGAUACUCAGUGGAACGAUUUGGAUUAUAUGGAUAAACACAACGAUUUUACGUACAACUUGGAAAAGUUCAAGGACCUGCCGCAAUUCGUAACGGAAAUCCAUUCGAGAGGAAUGCAUUACAUCCCUCUGAUCGACGCUGGUGUAUCCGCCUCGGAAAUCAACGGAACUUAUCCACCGUACGAUGAAGGUGUUAUGGAAGAUAUAUUCGUGAAUGACGUAGCGACCAAUCGACCGUUCAUCGGGAAAGUUUGGAAUUACGUUUCUACGGCUUGGCCGGACUUUACGAAUCCAAAAACGCCAAAUUAUUAUCUGCGUAUGAUGAGCAAGAUGUACGAGUGGUUCGAAUAUGAUGGAGCUUGGAUCGAUAUGAACGAACCAUCGAACUUUUACGACGGUUACAAAAAUGGAUGUUCGCACAACAGUCUCGAUUAUCCAGAGUAUGUGCCGAACGUGAUGGAAGGUAAACUGGCGAAGAAAACGUUGUGCAUGAACGCGAAACAUUAUUUAGGCCCACACUACAAUCUUCAUAAUACAUACGGCACGAGUCAUGCGAUAGCUACGAAUUACGCUCUGAUCAACAUUCGGAAGAAGAGGCCAUUUAUAAUAUCCCGGUCAACGUGGGUGGGACACGGACGGUACGCUGGUCAUUGGACAGGGGAUGUUUUUUCUACAUGGCAUGACUUGAAAAUGAGCAUUCCCGCAAUUUUAUCGUUGAAUUUCUAUCAAAUACCAAUGGUUGGCGCGGACAUUUGUGGAUUCAAUGGGAAUACAACGGUCGCAUUGUGCAAUCGUUGGAUGCAACUCGGGGCUUUUUAUCCAUUCUCACGCAAUCAUAAUUCCGACGACACUAUCGAGCAAGAUCCAGUCGCUAUGGGCGAUUUGGUGGUACGGUCGUCGAGACGCGCCCUCCAGAUUCGUUAUUGGCUGCUACCGUAUCUGUACACAUUAUUCUUUCGAGCUCACACGUUCGGCGAAACUGUGGUGCGACCGUUAUUCUUCGAAUUCCCUGAAGAUCCAGCCACUCGUGACAUCGAUACCCAGUUUCUAUGGGGAAGUUCUCUGAUGAUCAUCCCGGUUUUAGAGGAAAACGCGGUAAAAGUAAUGGCUUACCUGCCUCGUGGAUUGUGGUACGAUUUCCACACGAAAAAGUCUUUGUUUGGCUUCGGUGAACGGUACACGUUGGAUGCACCGCUUGACACUAUACCGUUGAUGGUUCGGGGAGGAUCGAUUUUGCCAGCUCAGAAACCAGGUGCUACCACCACAGAAAGCAGAAAGUACGGUAUCGGCUUGUUGGUCGCGUUAGACCAAGCACAAACGGCGAAAGGGGAAUUGUACUGGGAUGACGGUGACAGUUUAGACACGGUUGAAAAAGAACAGUUUCUGUGGUUGUCGUUCAUCUCCGAGAACAACACUGUGUCUUCCUCUAGGCUGAAGGAAACCGCAUUCAACGACCAAGUGUUUCUCGACUGUAUACAAAUAUGGGGAGUUACGUCCAAUGUCUCGUAUGUUUCUUUAAACGGUCGUGAGAUUGAGUACAAGUACAACGAAAAGGAAAAGAGUCUAUCUGCGAUAAAGUUGAAAACAGAUCUCAAGAAACAGUUUACGUUUCAAUGGAAGUAAGACUGCACGAACGAAACGAUCAACGAUAAACGUUAAACUCGCUCGUAUCGCGAACGAUAAUCGUCGUUCGGUAUCCUCUCAAAUACUUCGAACCAGUGUUCGCGAUACGCGAGACUGCUCCUACUUUUUGUUUUUUACAAGCAUUAAUCUUUAUAUGUAUAUCUGUAUGUACGAAUGUAUCUUCGCCCCCGAGUACUGUGUUUCUACGAUACUAUAUUCGUGAAACUAAAUGUUUCUAUGUUUUUAUACGCGGUCGAAUAAAUAUAUACA